CUUAUUGCAGUUAAAAUAUUAAUGUUUUACAAAAUAAAUUAGUUACGAAGAUAACUAUGUAUUGAUUUUGGUACAAUCAUUUCUUCAUUUAGUUACUAAAUGGAUUGAAAUAUACAAUUUGAAGCAAAAUGCAAUGUACUUGCUUCUAAAAGGAUAACUGUUCACGACUAUAAAAUAGAAAAUAUCGCGCAGUCUCAUUUAAAUACAUUACGUCGAUUAAUUUUAUGUACAUUUCUGUCGCUAAGACGACGCUGUCCGUAAACUACGUGUAAGUACUAAAAUCAUAAAAGUACUCUAUUUUUGAAAGUGGAAGUGAAAGUAAGAAAAAAAUGUCAUUAUAUGCAACACCAAUACUUUAUUUAAACAUGGGUGGUGAAAUGUUAUAUGUUUUGCGACAAAGACUAAAGGCACAAAGGAUAAAUGUUGAUAAAACUAUACAAGUGUUAGACGAAGUAACUGCUGCUUUACUUAAUCCUAAAAUGCUGUCUUCCGUAUUUGAGGAAAAAUCUUUGACUAAGAUAUCUCUUUUACGACCUACUUUAGAAUGUGUUGUAUUAUCAUCAAUAAUGAAACUUGAUAAAAGUAGUAUGAAUAAACUGUUCGAUCUAAUGAUCAUGAUGGUUAAAUAUCAGUUAACUGCAGUUACUGGUCCUGUAGAAGUUGUACUGUUAACAUUAAACCAUACAGAUGCAAUGCGUGAUAUGGUUAGCAAUCCAAAUGCUCAACAAUGUAUUGGAUUAGUACACCAAAUGGUAACUGAUUUUUAUGGUACAUUAACUUUCGAAGAAGUUUGGAAUGCCAGAAAUGAUUGUUUGAAAGAAUUAGAAUAUUAUUGUGUGAAAGUAUCUAUACUUCUUAGACUUGGAUUACAAAAUGAUGAUGGUAGCUUUAAUUCAAUGUACCAUAAAUACAAUGAAAAAUAUGAAGAAAAUAAAACUCGCCUUUCUGGUACAAAAUUAUGUGAUAUAGAUUUGAAAACUUACUGUGAUGGUUCUUUUAAUCUUUUUGGUGAACGAGGUACAAUACUGGGCAAAAAUAUGUAUUCGAUGUUGUAUGGCAUAUCAAAACUAACUUCUGAUCAAGGAAAUCAUAAUUAUGUUAAAGAAUGUGGUACAAAAGCAGAACUUGGUAUGUUAGCUGUUCAACUGGGAACUGAAGAAACUUUGUACAAACGACCUUUUACUUUGAAUUUAUUUUCAACUGAAGAUAAUGAUAAUACAAAUAUAGAAUGCGAGUCCGAUUCUAAGGAGGACAGUCAGAAUGACGUUACAGUUACGAAAUAUGAAAAAACGAAAUUUAAUGAAGAUUAUAAAACGAAACUUGAUAUCAUACGUACAGAUCUUUUUAAAGAUGAUCAUGAAGACAUAAAAUACAGCAUGAAUUUGUUAGAACUUUUAGAUAAAACAGAAUAAUUUUAUUUAAACUUACUUUUUCAAUUACGCCACGAUAAUUAACAAAAUAAAUAAAAUUUUUCUUUAAUUUGUUAUUUA